AUGCGCAAUUUCAGUCUUGCCCUUCUGUCACUAUGCGGUCUCAUUGUUGCAAUACCUAUAACUGAUCCACCUCAAAGUGUGGACAUUAACAACCCAUCCUCAUCGGAUCCCAAGGCACCUCCCAAGCAGAUUUCGUUCCCCAAACGUCCGGAUAACCCUUUCCCCAAUGGAAUCCCAAUACAACCGGACAAAUGUGACGGGGAAUUUCCUUCCGAUGAUUGCUUCCAUGUCAUGGGAGGCAGUGGUGGCUACCUCUAUUACGAGAGCGACUCCGGCUGCAGCGACAAUCAAAAGAAUGUUCUCGAGACAGCUCUCUGGGAGGCGACGACACUGGCUUCUUAUUCAUCCAUCUUCCCAAAUAACGGGGAGGGCUCCAGAGGCUCUGCGUCAGCCCAUUUCUACAUGGGACCCGACUACCUAUCGCAGAAAGACCGAAUUUCCGGGAACUUGCAGCGAAUUUCCGAGUUCAAGAGCGGCAAGACAUCUGAGAAGGCAUAUAUCACCAUGAGUUGCAAAGACACCAAGAAUCUGUGUAACGAGAGAGGCCAGGGAACUGUCGGUGGCUAUGCGUGGACCUACAAUGGGUGGUUUGGAUACUAUCAUUACAUCACCUUCUGUCCUCCUUUCUUUUCACUCGAUAACAUAGACCAGAAGAUCACCGAGAUAGAGAGCGAGCUCAGCGGUGGCAAGACAGAAAAGGCCAGCGACAUGAGAUAUCUUAGAACCACUGGCCAGUACUUCCUCCACGAAAUGAUGCACACUCGCAUUGCAGACGGCGGGAAGGAACCACACAUCACCGAUGAAGGUGUCGUGGAACCUGGUAGAACCUACCCUGGAAAUCCCGCAGCAUACGGGCCAAAUCUUGUUCAUAAGCUGGCCCAACGCCCGAUUAACCAAAACGGUGGUGCAGCACGAGCAUCGACGAACGCAGACAGCUAUGCGAUUCUGGCCAACUGCGCCUGGUGGUGGGAUACCACUGGAUACUUCCCUGGAGUGCCUGGAAAGUACGGUCCUUCCUCUGCAGAAGAUGAUUUUCCUAUCUCGCUUUGGAUUGAUCUUGGCAACACCAGCUCUCCAAGUGAGUUCGACUUUGCCAGUCUGUUCUCUGCCGAUGCAGAGGGCUUUGAAACCUCAACGACGACUAUUUUAACUACCCAAUCAACGACCGAUAUGACGGCAACAGCCACAGUGGAUAACUCGCGCAAAGAUUCAUACAAUUUCUCACCGAUACCCCCGGAGGGACACUCAACCUUACCUGGAACUCGUCAAAGCCCCUUGUCUUUCUCAAGCUCUAUUCCUCCUGCGGGCUCUACGUCAAUCACAAGCAGCCUACGACUUGGAACAGGGCCCAGCUCCUCAGUUUCUGCAGAGACAAGUGUCGGCUCCUCAACCUCGUCGAGUACGAGUGCAACCAUCAAGACUAGCGCAUCCGUCCCGGAUUGUCUGGCAGAUGGGGCUCCGUGGUACAGCCCUACAAGUUGGUGCGACUGUGGACCAAGUUCUACCUAUCCAGCACUACCUGCUACCUCUGGUGUUACGACAGCAAAUUGUGAAUACACUUCACUGCCAGCAUCGACCAUCCAGCCUACGAGUACGUCCGCCGCACCAACGAAUAUACCAGGCCAAGGGGGUAUUCCCGCCUGUUUUGCGAUUGCAUCAAGCAAAGAAACAUCAGCCUACUGUAACUGCGGUGGCACACUUGCUCCCACCCUCAAUCCCACCGCUUCUGGGCUCAUAAAUUGUGCCUAUACAUUCUUGCCAACUGAUUCCUACAACCCGGAGCAGACACCGCCAUCUGUUACGCCACCCCCCUCAUACGCGCCUAGAAAGUGCAAUGUGCACAUCGUGCAAGCCCUCGGACAAGAGUUUAGUGAUCCAGAGGUCAUCCUUGCCAUCAAUAUCACUGACGCAAACGGCACCCUUAUUGGCAGCAACAAGGGACACGUGGACUGGGGCCAAACACUAAACACAGACAGCCUGCUCCCAUGGGUCCUCCUAGUGACUCCGCAGAGUGGCAUCAGCAGCAAGAGACGCUCAUCAGGGAAGCUCCUUCCAAAGAGGGUAGGAGGCCCUAUUCACUCUAAUCGGCCGUUGUUCGAACGCGGUCCAGUUGAUUUUGCGUAUGCUUCGCAAACGUGGGAUACUUCCUCUUCACAAUGCUCCGUGGGAGGAUGGGAUAACGGUGAUGCGAACGACUUUUUUGCAUCCCUGAUCUCCAGUGAAGAUUUCUUCCCUAAUCGCCAAAUUGGUUGUCUAUUUGACUGCCCUGCCCCAGGCAAUAGUGAGAAACGGGACAUGGUUGAGCACCAUGACGAAGAGUGGAAGCUGACUAGAUAG